UGGUAAAUUUAUAUCCCGGGAAAUCUCCAAUAUAAACCCUCGCUUCCAUUAUAAACCCACAGAACCCUCUAUUUCUUCUAUUUCUCUUCUCGUUUGUUUCCUGCGGCUAGGGUUUUCAGCAGAGGCUUUAUCUCUCUAGCAUCUCUGUGUUUAAGCUCUUAUUAAUCAACAAUGGGUAAAGAGAAGACUCACAUCAACAUUGUGGUCAUUGGCCAUGUCGACUCUGGAAAGUCGACCACCACCGGUCACUUGAUCUACAAGCUUGGUGGUAUUGACAAGCGUGUCAUUGAGAGGUUCGAGAAAGAAGCUGCUGAGAUGAACAAGAGGUCAUUCAAGUAUGCCUGGGUGCUCGACAAGCUCAAGGCUGAGCGUGAGCGUGGUAUCACCAUUGAUAUUGCCUUGUGGAAGUUUGAGACCACCAAGUACUACUGCACGGUCAUUGAUGCUCCCGGACAUCGUGACUUUAUCAAGAACAUGAUUACGGGUACCUCACAGGCUGACUGUGCUGUCCUCAUCAUUGACUCCACCACUGGUGGUUUUGAGGCUGGUAUUUCCAAGGAUGGUCAGACCCGUGAGCAUGCAUUGCUUGCUUUCACUCUUGGAGUGAAGCAAAUGAUUUGCUGCUGCAACAAGAUGGAUGCCACCACACCAAAAUACUCCAAGGCUAGGUACGAUGAAAUCAUCAAGGAAGUGGCCUCCUACCUUAAGAAGGUUGGAUACAAUCCCGACAAAAUCCCGUUUGUCCCUAUUUCUGGAUUUGAGGGAGACAACAUGAUUGAGAGGUCCACCAACCUGGACUGGUACAAGGGCCCAACCCUUCUUGAGGCACUCGACCAGAUCCUGGAGCCCAAGAGGCCAUCAGACAAGCCUCUCCGUCUCCCACUUCAGGAUGUGUACAAGAUUGGUGGUAUUGGUACUGUGCCUGUGGGUCGUGUUGAGACUGGUAUGAUCAAGCCGGGUAUGGUUGUCACCUUUGCCCCAUCUGGUUUGACAACUGAAGUUAAGUCUGUUGAGAUGCACCACGAGGCCUUGCAAGAGGCUCUUCCUGGUGACAACGUGGGGUUCAACGUGAAGAACGUUGCAGUAAAGGAUCUGAAGCGUGGUUAUGUUGCCUCCAAUUCCAAGGAUGAUCCUGCCAAGGAAGCUGCCAACUUCACCUCCCAGGUCAUCAUCAUGAACCACCCGGGACAGAUCGGAAAUGGAUAUGCCCCGGUGCUUGAUUGCCACACCUCUCACAUUGCUGUGAAGUUUGCUGAGAUCUUGACCAAGAUCGACAGGCGUUCUGGUAAGGAACUUGAGAAGGAGCCCAAGUUCCUUAAAAAUGGUGAUGCUGGUAUGAUUAAGAUGAUUCCGACCAAGCCCAUGGUGGUGGAAACUUUCUCCGAGUACCCUCCUCUUGGACGAUUCGCUGUGCGUGACAUGCGACAGACUGUUGCUGUUGGUGUGAUCAAGAGCGUUGAGAAGAAGGACCCAUCUGGUGCCAAGGUUACCAAGGCUGCAGCUAAGAAGGGAGUCAAGUGAAACGUGCAGGGUCGUCUUUUCUAUGUUGGUCCUAGAGAAGACUAUUUCCAUAAAUUAUGUUUUAAGAACUUGGUUUUCUUUUUUUCAAGGAUGUUAGGAUGUUUACAUUUCUGGUUCUGUUGUAUUCUCCUGCCUUGUAUGUUGAUGAACCAAUCUCAGAAUUGGGUGCUUGACAGACGGUGGCGGGAGUUACGGCAUUGAGCAGUGUUGUCAUCUUUUGCUUAUUUAUGUUUCUUCGUUUGAGGUGUCUUAUGUUCUACUGCGGCUCUUAAGUAUUGUUGUUUAUCUAUUUCUAUUUUACUCA